GGCCGAGCUCCCGAGAAGUCGCAGCCGCCAUUUUGUGCGUGCCUGUGUUUUCCCCCAUUCCCCCCCCGCCCCCACCCCCGUCUGUGGGAGCGGCGGCAGCCGGGACGCCCCGUCUCUUCUGCUGGUCAGGUGAGGCGAAGCGAAGGCGUUGGGCCAGGCCGAGGGAGCCAUCGCCGGCGGCUGCCGCAGCCGGGAGGUCGCGCUGUUCGCAGCAAGCGCGGGGGAAGAAGCGGCAAGACGGAGAAGGGGGGGAGAAAACCUUCAGAGCUGCCCCCCAACAGGAGGAGGAGUCUCGGCGCCAGGCCCAGGCGCAGCCCCGGCACCGGCGGCAGCAUGGAGAACUCGCAGCUAUGCAAGCUGUUCAUCGGCGGCCUGAACGUGCAGACGACGGAGGCCGGGCUGCGGGAACACUUCGCGGCCUACGGUACCCUCACCGACUGCGUGGUCGUCCUCAACCCGCAGACCAAACGUUCCCGCUGCUUCGGCUUCGUCACCUACUCGGCGGUGGAGGAGGCGGACGCCGCCAUGGCCGCCUCCCCCCACGCCGUGGACGGGAACGCGGUGGAGCUGAAACGGGCCGUGUCCCGGGAGGACUCGGCCAAGCCGGGGGCCCACGCUAAGGUGAAGAAGCUCUUUGUGGGCGGCCUCAAAGGGGACGUAGGCGAAGGGGACCUGGUGCAGCAUUUCAGCCAGUUCGGCCCGGUGGAGAAGGCCGAGAUCAUCGCCGACAAACAGAGCGGGAAGAAACGCGGCUUCGGCUUCGUCUAUUUCCAGAACCACGACGCCGCCGACAAGGCGGCCGUGGUCAAGUUCCACCCGAUCCAGGGCCACCGCGUGGAGGUCAAGAAAGCCGUGCCCAAGGAGGACAUCCAGUCGGGCGGGGGCGGCGGCGGCUCUUCCAGGCCCUCCCGGGGAGGCAGAGGAGGAGGAAGGGGUCGGGGCGGCGGCGGCUCCGGCAACCGGGAUCACAACGGGCUGUCCAAAGGAGGCGGCGGGUACAAUAGUUACGGUGGCUACGGCGGUGGAGGCGGCGGCGGCGGUUACGGCUCCUAUGGCAGCGGCUCCUACGGAGGCGGCGGCGGCGGGGGAGGCGGCGACUACGGCAACGGGUACGGCGGGUUCGGCAGCUACAGCCAGCACCAGUCCUCCUACGGCCCCAUGAAGAGCGGCGGAGGAGGUGGAGGAGGGGGCGGCAACUGGGGGGGCCGCAGUAACAGUGGACCGUACAGAGGAGGUUAUGGUGGGGGAGGCUACGGGGGCGGCUCUUUUUGAGCGGGAGCGCCCAUACUCAUUGGGGGUGGCGUGGAGAGCCCUCCCUUUUAUACGGGGCAGCUUCUAAAUGGUUUCUCCCCUCAUUCGCCGAAGGGCAGCUCCUAUUAAAUGCCUCCCUGCGGUGGGAGCAGCUCCUAAAUGCCCCCUCGGGGUCGCCUCUGCUGCCCGUGCCACUUCUUUCUCUCUGAAGAUGGACUGGGCCCCACAUACACAUACUUUGUGUUACAGUCAUUGAUGGACUCUAUUUUUUUAUUAUUACUUGGACCUUGGUCGUUUUUAUACUAGCAGCGAAAAAUGUCUUGUUUUAAUUUGUUUUUUGGGGGUACGGGGAGGGAAGUGUCUUGCUGAUCUGGAGUAAAAACUGGGGAGGGUUACGGGGGAAUUUCCUUUGUUGUAAGGACUCGAUACCUGGCUACUACAUUUUUUCUACAAAAUCUACUCGGAUCCCAUGACUGAAAUUAACAUUUCUGUAAAGGAGGAAAAAAAAAAAUCGUUUUUACAUUUUUUAUUUUUUAAAUAAAUCAUUGUGUUCAUUGACCUUUA